ACAAUUUUGUGUUCAUUCCACUACCCAAACUUGCAACUGCAGCUUGAAUUGUAUGAUAUUGUCUGUAUUGGACUCAAAAAUGAUAUACUCACUUGUACUUUUUCUUGUUUUGGGACUUCUUCAAAAGUCAGUGGCUGUUCAGAUGGAUAAACUGGGAGACUACAAGCUUUGUGGUGAUCCAGAAUGUUCCUAUGUCCUGUCUAUGGCCACGGCCUUGGAUGACUUCAUAGCUCCUGACUGCAGAUUUAUCAACAUGAAAAAGGAGCAGAUGGUCUAUGUGUAUUCUAAACUUGUGCCAGAGGAGGGCGCUGGAGUCUUCUGGUCUGGAAGUGUUUAUAGUGAGCGAUACGUAGACCAGAUGGGUAUCAUUGGGUAUUUUCCAGCAACUAUGGUGAAUGAGACUUAUAAGUUUCGAGAGGACACUGUUAAGAUACCCACAACUGAUACAGAUUUCUAUUGUCACUAGGCAUACCAACUCAUAUCUGAAAAAAGGCGUGUCUGUCAAGCUAAGUACAUCAAGUUCUAUGCAAAAAUCUGUAUUGUCUUAUCCCUGAUUACUACUCACACAAUGAAAGUAUUACAAUCGAAAGCUGUUUUUCUUUCUUUCAAAAGUCUGUCAGUUUAAAGAUGUUGCAUUAUGUAACUUUUCUGAUGGAGGGUCCCUUACCUGCUUGUCUCAAUAUGGAUGGAAUUACUUUGCCUAGCAAUUUUACAGUAUGGCAUUUAACCUAUCUGUCGCCAUGGAGACAAUCAGAACAUUACCAAGGCAAUAUCUGUAUCUGAGUGGAUAGAUAUGACACAGAUAUUGUCCUGGUAAGAAUGUAUAUUUUGCAAGGUAUUUUUGAGCAAUAAAAACUGUAUUGAAUAAAUGCAAGAUAUACAUUUUAUGCCAAGGUAAAGGUAAAGAAAAGAAGAAAAAAAUCCAUAGAGACAAGUAGAUGGCAGACUUACAUUGUGUACCUUUAAUAAUCCCACAUAGUAAGCAAAAACAUCAUUAAUAGUACGAUAACACAUGUAAUACUGUUAUUAUCUUACCCAGACAUAUGUUUUAUUACUGUGUUUCCAUGUAAUUUUUGAUUUGUUACAUCAAGACUGGGGCCCUGGAAAUUGCAACGUUGCUCAAUAAGAACACUGACAGGCAAUCCACUAGGGGGAGAUAGAAAACUUUCAUUGGAGCUGGUAGAUAGAUGUGCUUCUAAAGAGCUCAGAUUAAAUAAAUGUCAGUAACAAACGGUGAUCUGUUUUAGUUGCUUUUGUUUCAGAUUUGAAGAAGAAGAAGCAGACUGAUUUGUAUUAUUAGCCUAUAUUAUUCAAACAAGAACCCAUAUAUUACAUCUCUCACAUUUCUUAAGCACACAUUUCUUUGGAUCAAAUGAAAUAAAAGCAAUAAAAUAAUAAUAAUGGAGGGUGAUGUAGCCUAUACAUUUUGAAUAUAAAACAAAAUAUUAAUUGUCAAUACAAAAUGUGUUCAGGUGAGAUGACCACAUUUGAAAAAAAAAAAAAAAAAAGGAAGUUAUUUUUAGCCACAGUUGCACAAGAGUCUCCAACAUGGUAACAUACAGAUACAGCUGUUUGGCUCUGUGUACCGUCACCACUUGGUGUCACUGUGUCAAAUGGGGUAAGAUAUACAAUGAUUAUUUCUGUGGUGAUUUGUUAGUACAGUAUUGUGAUUUUAAUGCCAUUUUUAUUCUGUGCAGCACUUUGAAUUAUCUUGUGUACGAAUUGUGCUAUACAAAUAACUCACCACUUGUGAACUUUGUCCUGGGUCAGGCAAAAAUGAGCGUGUGGCUCAGCAGGAGGAAUCACAUGGCUGGCUCAGGAUGUACAGACUCUGAACUCCUGUUGAAGAGACAAGGUGGAGUUUCUGUACAGUGCACUGGUGGGGCAGGUGGAGGACUUUGAGGCAGUGUGGGCGGUGAAGAGGUGUUUGUGUUUGGUUCGGGUUGGGAGAUUGAGUAUUAUUUUGUUGUUGUUGUCUUUGGUGUUUUGUAGGAUUUUAAGCCAUAAGUGAUAUAAUAAAUGUAUUGUUAAAGUCUACACAAAUAAACUUGCCUUGCUUUACCUAUAUCAAAAAUAUAAAAUCAGUAGAAAUCAAUGUAUGUUUCAAGUGGAAAACAGAGACUGCCAACCCAAACAGCUUUCUAUUUUUUGAAUGUAAUAUCCUAUAUGACUGGUUUACAUCGGAAUUGUGUUUGAGGAAUUGAGAUUAAAGGUUUUAUAUUACACAAAAUGGAUUCUUGUGAGUUUUACCCAUGUUAUAAUGUUGUUACCUCAUCAAAAAACAUACCUGGAGUUGUGUUUUGUUUCAUUCACACAUGUUCAAAAUGUUCUGUUCCAUCUUGUGAUGUCAUGAAGUGGUAGCUUUCAAGCAGCUACCUUUUAUCUUUAGUUUAGCAGAGAUUGGCAGUUCCAGGGCUGACGGUGUAUGGAGUUUAAAAACACACUAGAUCACUUCCUGUAUCACCACAUGGCAUCACAAGGUGGAACAGAGUGUUUUCUGUUUGAGAGGGGAACACACCCUAAAUAUGUAGGAUUUGUGUGUUAAACAUGUAUGAAAGAAACAAAACACAACUUCAGCUAUGUUUGUGAGGAGGAAACAACAUUUUAACAUAGAUCAUAAAUGUGUGUAAUAUGGGCUCUUUAAAAACUGCAUUAAAUAAUUUGUCUCUUAAAAGCCUAGAGAUUUUUUUAUUUUCCAGUAGACUUUUGAAAAACCUCCACUCUAUUUUUCAAUCAGAAUUUAGAAUAGCCUAUUUUACCACAGUGGGAAGUGGGAACCUCUGAGCUUAAAAACCCCACUUAGAAAUAGGGCAUUACCAUAUUCAGAGAUUUCCCAUUGGUCCUUUUACUACUUUUCAUUUCAUGUUGUUCCCCCAGUAGCCAGUAUAAUAAGUUUUUCACCUCUAGUUCUUCUUGGCAUUUGGCCUGUCACACAUAGCAAUCAAUUACGUGGUCCUAUUUCCCACCAGAUCACUACAAACCUAUUUAUAAGAAUGACAUUUACCACAAAAUGUCAGUCAACAGAAGGCACCUUUGGCACGUCUUCUGGUCCGUGUAAACCUUGAAGACAAAAUUUAACAACAGUUUCAUGUUUAAAGGUCCUAUAUUAAGCUAUUAUGUUGUUUCCUCAUCAAAAGCAUACCUGGAGUUGUGUUUUGUUUCAUUCAGACAUGUUUAACACACAAAUCCUGAAUGCUGUGUUCCACCUUGUGAUAUCAUGUGUUAAUA